AUGAGGGUGCCCCGUGGCUGGCCCCUCAGCCCUCCCCAGCAGCCGGUCUUCCCCAUGGGGUUGAACGGUGUGGUCCUUGGACUCCUGCUUCUAAGCACCACGGCCAGGUGCAGCUGCUCGCGCCGGUACCCGGAGCUCCUGGGCCAGCUGCGGAACCAGGUGGACCUCCUGCAGAACCCUGAGAGCCUGUUGAUCCCCUACGUCCAGUACCAAGGCCUGGAGGUGCCAGGGCUGAGUGAACCCUGCACGGAGCGCCCCGGGGACUUCCCCAGCGAGGCCGCCCUGCAGCGGCUGGGCAGGCCCGGUUUCCUGUGGACCCUCAACGCCACGAUAGGCCACGUCCUGCCCAGACUGGAGGCCAUGAAGCAGCAACUGUUCGUGCCCACGGACUUGGAGGAGCUGAAGGCGACCGCCAACAACCUCCUGGGGCUCAGGAGCAACCUCUACUGCAUGACCCGGCUGCUUCAGGGCUCCUCGGAGCCGGCCAAGCCCACCCAGGCUGGCCCCGGGCCCUCGCCGCCACCGCCCACCCGCCCCCAGCACAUCUUCCAAGCUAAGCUGGAGGACCGCAGGUUCCUGUGCGGCUACCACCGCUUCAUGCGCUCUGCGCGCCAGGUCUUCAGCGAGUGGCCGCACAGCCUGAACCCGAGCCCGAGACACAGCCCCCGCGGGGGCCUGCGGAAGCAGAUCCGCCGCAUCGGACCCUCCACGAGGACCAAGAGACGGAAGCCCAGGAGGAAACUGCCCCGGUAG